CCAAAACCAUGGGCUCAAAAUUGUAAUCUAACAACUCUAUUAUAAAAGCACGAAUUGUGAACUCCAUAAGAGCCCUUCUUUUUCCCUUUACCUCAAAACACCAGCUACAAAAUCCCUAGCUAAACUACAAAGAACGGGGCAAAAGAGGAAAAAAAAUGUUGGGCAAAAAGUCCAGGCCGGUGAUCGGAAUCCUCACCGGAUCGCUAAUCCCUGGCAAUAAAACUCACUCCGACAACAAAACAACUCAAUCCCCCAAAGGCCUCAAAAGGAGCUUCGAUUACGGCGCUGUCGGAUUGGGCAUAGCUGCCGCCCUCGAGAGCGAUUUGCCGGUCAACAGGGCGCUCAUUCGCCGGAAUUCGAGCCGAUCCAGCCCGAUUCCGGUGAGUCCGCCGCGCAAUAAUCCACAAAGAGGCAAUAAAUUCUUCGUGGAGCAAAUCGAGAGCGAAAGCUUCGAGGAGGAGUACACGAUCGUCACGCGCCACUCGCCGAGCAAGCCCUGCACCAAGGUGUACGGCCACGGCGGAAGGUGCGAUGGGGAACGCCUUUUCGGAACACGGAGCGGCGGAAAGAGCAGUAGAGCCGGCGUUUUCCACAUAUCUCCGCCGAGAUUCUCCUCCGCCUGCGGCGGCGGAGCUCCGGCGGAUGAUUUCCUUAGCUCGUGCCAUUUGUGCCGGAAAAAACUCCACGGCGAAGACAUUUACAUGUACAGAGGGGAGAAAGCAUUUUGCAGCACAGAGUGCAGGUACAGGGAAAUAGCGAUGGACGAGCGCAUAGAGAAGUGCGGCUCAGAAGCUACGAGAGCCGUUGAUCUAUCGAGCUCCGGCUACGCCGGUGGCGGCAAGAUCUUCACCGCGGGGAUUUUGGCGAUUUAGCUUUAAUUAAUCGAUGAUGGAUUAUUAUUUGUAUAUGAUGACCCGGAGUAUAUAUAUGAUAUAUAUAUAACUGAGAAAAAUCUCAUAAAUGGAGGCCUUUCUUUCCUUCUCUUUUUUUGUUUCUGUUUUGAUUUUGUUUCACUUUUAGUCUCCAUCUUUCUUUCUUUCUUUCUUUUUU